AGCCUUGGUGGUGCACUGAUUCAAGCCGCCGGCUGCUGACUCAGAAAUUGGCAAUUUGAACCCACCAGCCAUGAGUUCAGACUUUCAGGGUAAAGGCCUGGUGAUCAACUUUUAUAAAGACGACAGCCCUGGAACCCCGAUGGGGCAGAUCUACUGUGUCCUAUAGGGGGUUGCUAUGAUUUGAAAUCCAUGGCAGUGGAUAGACAUAGUAAUCAGUUUAUCAACAUUGGAGUUUUGGUUAGUGACAGCUGAGUUGAUUGCUACCACUGGUAACCCCAAAGGGGUAGGGUGGGGUCUCUUAAAAUGGUCAAAGCGCUGUGAGACGCGUGCUGAGCUUCCCUUUGACUUAAAACAGUCCCCAAAACCAAGCAGGCUUUUUAAAUAGAAAUUUUUAAUGUCACAGCGAUGCAUACGCCAGAUGCAACCAUUUUUACAAUUCAGUGACAUGUAUUCCCCUGUAGGACUUUGAGAUGGGGGGCUGGGUGAUAGGGACCUAAGCUAACUAAAGUUCAACACGGAAAGCCUGUGCGAGGAGACGGGAGGGCCCGAAGGGGUGUUGCCCCGGGAGAAUGGAACGUGCCUAUUUUUAGUGGGCUUCUGGCAAAGUUUACUUUUAUAAAUUCAACUUUCGUCAAGUUUUCACUAAGAUUUGGCAGUAUUGGCCACUACGGCGCCUCCCCCUGGGACCGACAGGGGGCGUGCUGGCCUCGCUCGCAGACACGCUCUGAGCACGUGAUCCAACGUCAACCUUGCUUUACAGCCUGUCGCAAGCGGCGGCGGCGGCGGCAGUUACCAUGGGCACUGGGGCUUGGGUGGCAACCGUAACUAAGGAGCCUUUGGAUCCCUGGACGUCUGCUGGGAGGGUCAAGGAAUUUCAGGUAACGGGAGGCCCCAGAGAAGGCGUUCUCUGUGAGUCUGGGUUUCCAGGACAAGAAAAAAGGGGACUCCCACAGACCUACAACCCGCCGCCACCCCUGGGGGUCCCCACUGGGCUUGGACAAGGUCUGGAGCAUUUAGAAGGGAACUGAAACUUGAAGUCCUUUUUUAAGUGCGUGAACCGAGUCAUAAAGAUGGCUGCUGCUUCUUAGCGCUGUGAAUGGGACUCAGUCCCCUCAACUCUGCGAACCGCAGACUCUGCCUAGUACGGAAUAAACCAGCGCGUACAUAUGUUUCAAGGCUCUGCCAUCAGCGCUGACAUCCAUGACCUCCCAUUGCUGGAGCCAAAGGUCCGGGAACGUGUUGAGUAGGUUGUGAACGACAACCCCGUCCUCUGGGAUCCUCCUUUUUAGUUUGGGAGCAAGUAAGACUGAGGUAAAGAGACCUGCCCAAGAUUGCUGAGCAAGUGAAAGGUGUAACUUGGUGAGAUUCACCCCUGGGAUAGGCUGUCUGCAAAGCCCGGCUCUUAUCACUCAGCUAUUACUCUUAUGCCCAUUGUUAUAUAUGUGACAAAUGCCUACAUAGUGCAUUCUGCUGCCUGUGAGAAUGUGAAUUUAUUAAUUUUUUAUCGUGUGAAUAUAUUUAAAAUAGGGUGAGGGGCUACAAUUAUCCCUAAAAGAUGACCGACCCAGAGAAUCAAUAUGUGUAUGAGGUUUAGAAUGGGCUCUCCUGACAUAGGCUACUCUUUUUAUCCCCGUGGGAAAGAACUUGAGCUGGUAUGGCACAUUUUAUGCAUAAGUUGUUGUGCCAGGAAAUUAAAAUGAAAAACAGUGGGGCCUAUUCAUUGUGAUUGUCGAUUUUUUUUCUAGAGAAAACUGUAUAGGUAAGCAUGUCAGAUGCAAAAGAAAGCCCACUCGAAGAAACAGACAAAGAUGAAGAAGCAGAAACAGAAGACUAUAAUCCAAAUGACCGAAAGAGAGAAGGAGAAGAUGAAGAAGAAGACAAUCCUAAUUACAAAGGAGAAGAAGGAGAAGACAACCCAAAUUACCAAAAGAUAGAAGAACGAGAAGAAGAGUAUGAUCAGGAUUUCCAACAGGUAAAAGGAAGAGGAGGAGAAGGAGAAUAUAAUUCAAAGUACCCAAGAAUAGAAGACGAGGGACAAGAUGAAGAAGACCUCCCAAAUUACCAAAAUACAGGUGAAGAAGAAUUCAAUGCAAAUGACCAAACAUUAGAAGAAGGAAUAGAAGAAUAUAGUUCAGAUUACGAAAAGGCAGAAGGAGAGGAAGAAGGCCCAGAUUAUCCAAAGGAAGAAAGCGAAGACUAUAAUCCAGAUUACCAGAAGGAAGAAGACUAUAAUCCAGAUUACCAGAAGGAAGAAGACUAUAAUCCAGAUUACCAGAAGGAAGAAGAUUAUAAUCUAGAUUACCAAGAAGGAGAAGAAGAGGGGGAAGAAUAUAAAACACAUUACCAAAAGGUAGAAGAAGAAGGCAAAGAAGAUGAAGAAGACUAUGCAAAUGACCAAAAGGUGGAAAAAGGAAGAGAAGAAGAAAACCUGAUCUCGGACAAAGCGGGCAGGUUCGCACAGAGGAAAUUGCAGGGGAAAGCAGCUAGAGCCAAGGAAAUGGAAGGACUGAAUGAAGAAGGGCUGAAGGAGGAGCUUACAGGAGAUGAAGUCAUCCGGGUGCCCCCCAAAAUCACCAAGGCUAUGAUAAGUUUUGAGCGACUUGUGCUUCCUGGUUCUCAUUCAAGCCUGCCGGGAGCUUCCACCCGUAGCAGCAGUGGGCCCACGCUGUCACUAGACCCAGAAGAUGCCCGAUUGCUUGAGCUUUCACAGGCUGAACUCUCUGAUUUUGAGCCAGACCUUUCUGAGGACCAGCUGCCCCCGGAUAAGCUCGGAGAGAAACCCAAUGAGGCAGAAGCCCAGACGGGAGGAGACCGGAGGCAAGAAAAGCAAGUGUCAUACAUGAAACACGGAGGAAAGGCCCACACCUCGGCCCAGUCCCUGGUGUCCAGCACCACAGAUGAUGCUUUGUUUAAAAAGCAAGACAGUGCCAAAGUCUUCCCCUUGCUUCUGGCCACCGCCACUGUCUGGUUUGUGUCUGCGCCCGGGCCUGUGCCGGGUAUUGUCUAUGCAGGCCGGCCUCCAGACCACUGCAGCCGAGCCAAUCAGCACAAGAAUGGCCACACCAACGUUAUCUCCUGCCUCUGCGUCAGCGAAGACAGGCGGUGGAUUGCCACAGCCGAUAAAGGACCCGACUGCCUGAUCAUCAUAUGGGACUCCUACACCGGUAUCCCUGUGCACACGCUGUUUGACAGCUGCCCAGACGGCAGCGGCAUCCGAGCCAUAGCUAUCACCCACGACGCCAAGUAUCUGGCCACCAUCUCAGACGGCAGUGUCCAGAAAAUUUGCAUCUGGAAGUGGACCUUGGCCGUGGAGACACCUGCAUGCAUGCUGGAACUUAACAAGGACUACGGUGUCCAGAGCUACCUUACUUUUAAUCCAACGAACAAUAAAGAGUUGGUGAGCAACAGCAAAACACAGGCCGUGUAUUAUUUCUGGCACGAGGAGAAGAAUGUACUCGCGCACAGUGCCCCGCUCCUAACGGAAAAAACAUUCAACAAGCUUGUGGGAAAGUUCAGCCAGUCCGUCUUCCACCUGAAUCUCACCCAGAUCCUCUCAGCCACUAUGGAGGGCAAGCUAGUUGUCUGGGACAUCCACCGGCCCCCCCCAUCUGCCACCACCUUCCUGGGCUUUCCCUACAUCAAACCCUGUAAACUGGUUCACCUGCAGAAGGAAGGCAUCACUGUGCUCACCACCGUGGACAGCUACAUUGUCAUCGGUGACAUCAAGGGGAACAUUAAGUUCUACGACCGUUCCCUGUCCAUUGCCAACUGGUACAGCCACUUAAAACUGAGCGCCAUACGGACACUGUCCUUCUCCAAGACCCCUGCCCCUACUUCUGCUGAAAAAUCCAGCUACCCCCAAGAUUCCACCUUAAAAGGUGACCUUUUCAUCAUGAGGAACUUUAUCAUCUCCACGUCUGAUGCCACGGUGUACCACCUCACGGCAGACGGCACCAAACUGGAGAAGUUGUUCGUGGAGCCAAAGGACGCCGUCUACGCCGUCUCCUGCCACCCCUACCAGCCCCUCCUGGCCAUCGGGAGCCUCUGUGGGAUGAUCAAAGUGUGGGAUUAUGAGGCCAAAACCUACCUCUUCAGCAGGGUCUUUGAGAAGGGCCUGGGCAUCCAGAGUCUGAACUACAACCCGGAAGGAGCCAUCCUCGGAGCUGGCUUCACACAGGGGACAGUUUACAUUCUCGACGCCAUGUCCUUAGAGAAUGCAACCAAGGAGCCUUUCCGAUACUCCCGAAGCAGCGUGACUCACAUAAGCUUCUCCCAUGACUCCGAGUACAUGGCCACUGCGGAUGUCCGUUUCACCGUCUCGCUCUACCGGGUGGUCGUCAAGGAGGGCCUGAGGGUCUGGGAGUACUUGGCCAGACUUCGUUCGCAUCGCAAAAGCAUCUGCAGCCUCCUGUUUGGGGUGCACCUGGACAGCAACGAGCCCCGGCUGCUGAGCCUCGGGAGAGACCGGCUCUUGAUCGAGUACAAUCUCCCCAAGACCUACAAAGACCACCUGGAAGUCCUGGACAUUCACCGCACUGACCAGGGCAGCCACCCCACCUGUAUGGUCUGGUACCCGCCGCUCACCAAGGAGCUCUUCCUGCUGAUCUGCAACAGCAGCUACAAAGUGAUGCUCUUCAACUCCACCACGAAAAUGUGCCGAAAGACACUUCUGGGACCGACAUAUGGUUCCCCCAUUGAACAGGUUCAACUGCUCCCUGUGAAAACCGCUUUCGAGCUUCAGAAACGCUACUUGGUGUUUAUUAACAAAGACAAGGUUGGGCUCCAGAUCUUACCAGUGGAUGGCAAUCCACAUAAGACGUCGGCCAUGAUUUGCCACCCCAGUGGGGUGGUCGGGAUGACCCUUUCCUACGACGGCUGCUAUGCCUUCACGGCAGGAGGAGAAGACCACUCGGUGGCCCAGUGGGAAAUUAACCUAAGGUCCUCCUAG